UGCCCAACACUACUCUUCGAUACACAGAGUAACAUAUAGUUACACGAUCAAAAUCAUGGGAUCUAAUUAGAACGUAUGAUCUUUUGAAACAUGUGAAUGUUUACGAAAUGGCUCGGGCAUGUACUUACACGCGAUUGAAGCUUUGGAACAAUGUAAUUCGGUCGUUCAGCACAAAAACAUCUUCUAACCUAAAAACUGAUACAAUCGGACCACCCGAUCCGAUUUCAAAUUUAAGACCAAUAAAGUUUGCGAGGCGCAAAAACGAGUCUCACUUCGAAGAGGAGUACAGAAAAGCCAGGGAGGAUACUCAAUUAUGGAAUCAAAAUUUUUGGACGAAACACAAUACCAGCUUUAUAGAGGAACGCAAGCAUUUUCAAGAGCUUAUGAAAUCGCGCGGAAAGACGUCGUUCACUGCGGAUGACAUGUCUGUAUUUUACAAAUAUUUUUUGGACAAAAACUGGAAAAGUCACUUUGAUUAUAACAUUAUGUGGUACAAGAAAAACAUUAAGUUACUGAUUCUCGAAUUUAAGGUAAGAGUAGCUACAUUGAGAUUUAAGUAAUUUACAUACCAGUGGUUGUUGAAAGAUUGUAUUUAAGUUUCUUGAAUAUAAUUGUAUUUACAAUGUAAAUCUGUAUGUAUAAUGUGUUUUCUGUAAAGUCCAUAGUAGAUAAUUCAUAUUAUAAUAUACAAUACUUAUUGUUA